AUGGUCCGUGAUAAGAUGAAGAAAGCACAAGAUUGCCAAAAGAGCUAUGCAGAUCACAGAAGAAGGCCAUUAGAAUUUGAUGAAGGUGAUCAUGUAUUUUUGAAGGUGACUCCGAGGUUGAGACUGAAAGGACCGUUUAAGUCACGGAAGCUAAGUCCAAGAUAUAUAGGGCCAUACCAGAUUAUAGAGAGGAUUGGAGAAGUAGCUUACAAAUUAGCUUUACCACCUUCUCCAUCAGAAAUGCAUGAUGUUUAUUCAUAUUCAAUAGAAGUAGAAGCAGAUCUGACUUUCGAAACUCUACCAAGUCGCGUUGUAGGACGAGAAGUUAAGGUAUUAAGGAAUAAGGAGAUUUCUCUUGUUAAGGUUCAAUGGGAUGAAUCACAUCCGGGCGAUGCUACCUAG